UCGUCCCGCUCCGGCGCUCCCACAUCCAUCCCCCCACCCCCAUUCCACAGUCGCCGCCCAAGUCAAAAAGGGGGAAGCUUCUUCCACCAGAGUCCCCCCAGCCCACCGACGACUAGACGCUGGUCAAGCAGCACCAAUCCUAGCGCCACACAACCCUAGCCCUCCUCCCCCUCCCCCUCCCCCUUCGCGAGCGGCUGUGAGGAAGGCGGCGAAGAAGAAGCCAUGGAUUCCUCCGGCGGCGGCGGUGGCGCGCAGAUCAAGGGGAUGGCGACGCACGGCGGGCGCUACGUGCUGUACAACGUGUACGGGAACCUCUUCGAGGUCUCCUCCAAGUACGCCCCGCCCAUCCGCCCCAUCGGCCGCGGCGCCUACGGCAUUGUCUGCGCGGCUGUUAACUCGGAGUCAGGGGAGGAGGUUGCGAUCAAGAAGGUUGGCAAUGCGUUCGACAACCACAUCGACGCCAAGCGGACGCUGAGGGAGAUCAAGCUUCUCCGCCACAUGGACCACGAGAACAUCCUUGCCUUAAAGGACGUCAUACGCCCACCAAGUAGAGAGAACUUUAAUGACGUGUACAUUGUUACUGAGUUAAUGGAUACAGAUCUCCAUCAGAUCAUACGUUCAAAUCAGCCAUUGACUGAUGAUCAUUGCCAGUACUUCUUGUAUCAGUUGCUACGAGGGCUAAAAUAUGUGCACUCAGCAAAUAUAUUGCACCGGGAUCUAAAGCCUAGCAAUUUGUUCCUAAACGCAAAUUGUGACCUCAAGAUCGCAGACUUUGGGCUUGCAAGAACCACUUCGGAGACAGAUCUCAUGACAGAGUAUGUGGUCACUCGUUGGUACAGGGCACCAGAGCUGCUGUUGAACUGUUCACAGUAUACUGCUGCCAUUGAUGUCUGGUCAGUUGGAUGCAUACUAGGUGAAAUUGUUACUCGGCAACCCCUGUUUCCUGGACGGGAUUACAUCCAGCAAUUAAAACUGAUCACUGAGCUAAUAGGCUCACCAGAUGAUGCAAGCCUGGGAUUCCUUCGAAGUGAUAAUGCAAAAAGAUACAUGAAACAACUACCACAGUUUCCAAGGCAGGAUUUCCGCUUGCGUUUCCGCAACAUGUCUGCCGGUGCAGUCGAUUUGUUGGAGAGAAUGCUCGUGUUUGAUCCAAGCAGGCGGAUCACAGUUGAUGAGGCUCUGCAUCACCCAUACUUGGCUUCUCUUCAUGACAUUAAUGAAGAACCUACCUGCCCUGCACCUUUCAGCUUUGAUUUUGAGCAACCAUCCUUUACAGAAGCACAUAUAAAAGAACUCAUCUGGAGGGAAUCUUUAGCCUUUAACCCGGAUCCUCCCUACUAAGAGCAAAGGAUAAGUUAUCUGCAAGGCAUCUGAAGAUCUCUAGCUCCAGCGGAUGCAAAAACUUAUGUCUGUGUGCAUAGAUUAUUUUUCACACUGCUUGUUGGGCACACGGACAUGGGUUGUUGCCGCAAUACCAAUUCUCUUAAAGGCUUGUGAGAACAAACGAUGUUUGUAUUUCUUUUCAGAUGCCUGAACCCAGGCUUGUAUUAUACCGGUUGAUUUCAUAAACUAUUCUUAUGUAUCUAUGAUUGUAAUUUUGUAGACGAUUACUUGAACAACCCCUGUAUAUCUGAGUUGACAGCGCUUCCCAAUUGUAUUGUCACAAAUACGCUACAUUAUGAGCUUACUGUUC